CAGACGUGUGACUGUCCGAAGCGGAUGGAAGUGUAUCCAUCUUAAAAAUCUCGUGCGUGUAUUGUUGUGUCUAGCUCAAUUACCGUUGCAAAAAUAAAAUAAUAUUAUCAUUCUAACGAGGUGUAAAAAAUAAAUAUUUAAAAAAAUAACACAGACGUUAACAACCACGACGACGAGAAAAAGAACCUACAUAUUUGCGUCGCAAGUCAAUCACCUGUAUCAUUUUAAUUUGCCAAACAAAAAUAAAAGAAGGAUAUACGCGGUUACUUACUUAAUAAUUUAUCGAAUGUUUCGAACACGAUUAUCAAAUCUUGACCCAUCUGAUUAAGAGUGAAUUAAGAUUUUGUGUGAAUUGUGAAGUGAAACUAAAUUUUAGUACAAAUUUAGUACAAUUUUAGUACACAGAACAAAAUAACCGUAAAAACAAUGCAUACCCUUUUUACGGACCAGAACUCUUUUUCUCGGCAUUAUGCCCAAACGGCGGGCUACCCCUCAGCCGGACCAGGUAUGACGCCUGCAGCUGCGGCCCAUUACGCCUACGACCAAUAUUCCCGCUACUCGUAUCCAGCGUCAGCAUAUUCCCUCGGAGCACCUCACCAAAAUAAAGAAAUUGUCAAACCACCAUAUUCCUACAUCGCCUUAAUUGCCAUGGCCAUUCAGAAUUCUGCGGACAAAAAGGUGACACUCAACGGAAUCUAUCAGUACAUAAUGGAACGCUUCCCGUACUACAGGGACAACAAACAAGGCUGGCAGAACUCUAUACGUCAUAACUUAAGCCUGAAUGAGUGUUUUGUGAAGGUGGCACGAGAUGACAAGAAACCCGGUAAGGGCAGCUACUGGACACUGGAUCCUGAUUCGUAUAACAUGUUCGAUAAUGGAUCGUUCUUGCGACGUAGACGUCGCUUCAAGAAAAAGGAUGUUCUGCGAGAGAAGGAGGAAGCCAUGAAGAGACAGGCCAUGAUGAACGAGAAACUGGCUGACAUCAAACCCCUGAAACUAAUGUCAAAUGGGAUCCUUGAGAUGAAGCACGCUCAAUUCAAGAAAGAGCCCCUGAUGGAUUUGGCCACGGGAUGUUUGUCAAAGGAAGGCCACCUUUCUGUUGGCACAGCAGCCAUGCUUAAUUCCUGCCAUGAUAGUCUUGCUCAGCAAAUGAAUCUCAACCUCGGUACAUCCAUGGAGCACGGAUUCAGUGUUGACUCACUAAUGAACGUUUACAAUCCCCGAAUCCAUCACUCCACCUAUCCGUACCACCUGAACGAAGAAAACCUUGCAGCUACGGCCGCGGUUGCUGCCGGUGGCCAACUCCGUCAUCCACACCACCACCACCCACAUCACAGCAAUCCACAUCACCACCAUCCGCAUGGAGGCUGGUACACGCCCGAGACGCCACCUGAAUCCGUCCUCAACCACACCACUAACAACAACAAUAGCAGCAGUAACAACAACAACAAUAAUAACAACGCAAUGUCAUCGGCGACCACUAAUCACGCUUCAUCGGUAGCGGCGGCAAUCGCCGCCACCACCAGUCCCACCAUAACCACCUCCGUCGGCUUCCGUGACAUGGUCUUUGAGCAUAACCAAUCCUGCCAAGUGGAUACGGGCAGUCCCAAUGGAAGCAUUCAGUCCGCCAGUCCCCCAGCAGUGACCAUUGGCGGCCAUCACUCGCACCACCAUGCAACAUUGAACCACCACCAUCACCACCUGCAUGCGGGCAACCUGAGCAAUUUGAGUAACCUGAGUAAUUUGACACACUACCGGCCGCAUUAUCAAGACUAUGGUAUCAAAUAUGGCGUCUAGAGAUGGUUGAUUCACGACCAUUAUUGAGCUUUGUAGGUUUAUUUAUUUUUCUGUACAAAUGAGUUUUUUUUUAAUUUUUUUAUUAAGUUUGUAAAUAAAUUAAAUUAGACUAAGAUUUUUGUUCUAAAUGAUCAUAAAUUAUAUGUUUAUUUUCUUUUUCCUUUGAGUUUAUUAAAAAUUAACGCAAUAUACAAGAAUGUGUGUAUAAUGAAAGAGAGAUGUAAACAAUUUUGAAAAAAAAACCUUAGAAUAAAUAGUAUUACAAUUUUUUUGACAAUUGGAAAAUCCGUAGAUAAUAAUAAACGCAUUUUGUGAUGUAUUUAAAUAUUAAACAAAAAAAUAUAUGUAAAAAACGGCAUUAUGUAUAAAACAACAAAAUAAAACUAUAAUUAAAAAAAUACUUAUUAUGUUAUUAUAAUUGUAACGAAUUUAAUUUAAGACAAGAAAUAGA